GAUUGUACGAUUAUUAUUGGAUCUCUGAAGAUGCCCAGUAUCACAGUACAGUUUAACAUUUUCAUCCUAAUAAAGGAAAGUCCCUUUUAGUUCAGUUAUGGUGAUGAUAAAGUUUGCUCAGCGGUUGCACCACUUCCACUUUUGUGAGGACAUGUAAGUCUCAUAUUAGGCUGGGUUGUGUGUUCCUGUGAACAGACUCCAGUCCUGGACUCCACUGAGACCACACUGAGGUCGAGAUGCUCAACAUGGGGGCUGUGCUGCUGUUACUAAUUGGUGUGGCUGAUGGUGUGAAGACCAUCUGCGACGCCACACAGCCAAACAUCACAACCCAGUGCAUUGGCUCUCUGGGAGGAACCGUUGAGGUCCUGCUGCCUACUAGGACCUCACAAGAUGAUGUCUACAGACUGAGGAAAUACUCUGUUGUGAUUUUUAACAACCGCAGUGAGACAACAGACGGGAGAUAUUCAUUUAUUGUCAGUUCUGGAAAAUUUACUAUAAAGGGCGUCAACUUGAAAGACACUGGUGAAUACUCAAUGGAAGUACAUGAUGCAGCUGGGAUCCAAGUAGCAUACACAAAAUGUUAUUUAACCAUUCAAGGGCUCGUCCCUAUAAUCGCUGGUUCCCUGUCAGCGAUGGCUCUGCUCCUGAUAGUAGCAUUGGGAGUCUACUGGGCAAAAAAGCACAAAACCUCAAGAGACACCACAGAAGCGGAAGAUGUAACCUACGCAGACGUCUCUGUGCUCCAGCGUCAGGGGCAGCGGAGAGAGCAGGGGGAGGGGGAGGUGGAGUACGGGGCGGUCAGGGAGGCUCCAGGCCCCAGGCGGACGCUGGAGACCAAUGUGGACGAGUGUGUGGACGCUCAGCCCCAGAGCACGAGGCCCUGAAUGCUGUGAACACCCAGAAGGACGCAUAGACAUUUUCAACCUUUUUACUGACACUCCCAUCGUGGCUUCUGAAAGACACAGUCAUUGGCCCCCUACGUUCUGAUGAUUCAGCAUUCAUUCUAUUUGGACAUUCAGGCGGAAAUUUUGGCUAUGCCGACAUUACAUAAUUUUUUAUGCUUUACACCACAUCUGCUUUCAUGUUAAUUAUUGUAUUGUUAUUUUAAUUAUGUGUGUAACCCUUUUCCCUGUUUAAUAAAAACACAGAUAAAGAUUAAUAUGAGCCAAUACUCCUGAAAUCUGAAUCUGUGAAACCACUUCUAUGUAGGCUAUGUGAAGGUGCUUGGAUUCAGCUGUAUGAAAUAUAUUAUUUUGAAUACAAUUGAAUGUAUAGUUUCUAGCAGCGCGGGAAGGACGAGACGGGAGCCCAGGUUAAGCGGUUAACACACAUGACACACUCCAUAAAACUACUUAACACAAACGUCUCGGCACGGUGUCUUGAACAACAACUCAAAAGCAACACCAGCCCACCCACAGCGA